AUGCCACCAAAAAGUGCCGGGAGGCAGACUGCCUCUCCCAAGGCUAGAUCGCGAGCGCCCCAAACCGGUCUUAUUGCAACUGAAGAUACAACACAGGAAAAACUUGGGGACCACUUCCUGGGAACCUUGAUAAUCGAUAUACGCCGCCUUGACCGGGUGUGGUCAGUUGAGCAAGGACGGAACCGAACAAUUUCUGACCGUCAAGUUCGCCAACUCGUCAGCGCGUUCCAACACGGAAUCCAACGAUAUUCUAAUCGCACACGACUUACUGUGACUGUUCGGAAGGAGGAGUUCGCAAGCAUUCUUCAGUCAUAUAUAGCAGAUGGCGUGACUUUGGAGGAUGUGGAAAAUAGAGUCAAAGUCAGUAGAGGCAGCGAGGGAUCGUUUAUUAGAUAUUCCGGGCUGGUUCGACCUGUUCUCCGAAAUGGUCAACAUCGCGUCGAGGCACUUCUUACGUUAUUAGAGGAACAGGCGAAACUUGCACAGCAAGGGGCAAAUGAUCAGUAUGGUAACGUAAUUCAAGCGCCUGAAGUCAAGGACUAUUGCUGGGCAAUCGACUUAUAUGCUAUUGAUGAUCUGGAUUCGAAUUUACUGGCCGCGCUCUGCGCGAAUAGUAAACCCGUCAGCCUUCAAAACUCCGAGGGUUAUACUGCAUAUUAUGUCAUAUCGAAAUGGAAUGUCCUGUCUGCCGAGGAUCAGCAGAAACUAACUUCAAGCAAGACCGAAUUUGACAGCUGGCUAUAUCAAACAUUUGGGAUCACCCCGGAUACCACCCCUCGAAUCAAGCCAAUUCUCCGUAAUGAUGCGUGGAAGAAUAGUUGUUUUCGUUACGUGUCGACUCGCUAUGGCGAGGCGACAUUUAAUUGGGCCUUGAUCACUAGAAUGUUGGGAACUCGACUUGAUUUCAUUUGGAUCGCCGAAUUCAAGAAGUACUUUCAUUUCAUGUCGAAGAUCCUUGGGGGAUCGGAAAACCUGCUGCACAAGAAUGAUUUUAUGAAGAUCUUCUCCCUUCCUGCUGGAAGACCCGACUUUCACUUACGUCUUCUAUUUUUUCCGAACACAUCUGAUUAUUGGGACGGGAAAACCCCGCAUAAACGCCCAUUUGCCCUCCCGGUUGAAUAUCGAUCGAAUAAGGCCCUGCCGAAACUGUCUAAACCAGUCCACGUUGGUGGAGCUAAUUUCGAACAUCGUCGGCCUGACUUCAUGGAUAUGUUGGAUGAGAAGCAAUACGUCAGGAUCUUCCAUGCACUUCGUGAUAACCGUGACUUGGAGUGUCCUAGUUGGUCGGAAUGGACCCAACUUGAGAAGCAUCCAGUCAAGCCAACUUGCCAGCUACUAAAGCAUAUUCUAACAUGGGUAGAACCAACAUGGAAGUUUCCUGAGCGGGCGAAUCACGCACUACAAUACUUUCAUUUUACAACAGAGGUUAAGCGACUCAUGCUUAAUGAGGAUACAGAUACAGAGAUUGCCCGGCAGUUCAUCCUGACAAUUCUUAAGGAGGUUAAACAGGAGACUAUGUGGAGAGACACCGUGGUCGAAACAGAGCUCAAGACAUUACCGACAAACUUACUGGAUGAGGGAAAAAAUGAAGACUAUCUACAACGAUUUACCAAGACUUGUUGGGCCAAUAUCGUCAACCUGGUGACCCACCAGAAAGCGGACUGCCUCAGGGGUGAUAUGGCUCAAUUCAACAAUAAAACAACCCUUCAAGACCAACUCCUGCCAACCCCAACAUGGGGAAAUAUCAUUGUUGACACUAAUUUUCGUGAUAACAUGAUGUUGCUCAAGACUCCAGCUCUUGACAACCCGUUGACCCGUGCUGCAUUUGCUGACGAGGGGGAUGUUUUUGGCGCUUUGAUCCACUACCGUGAAUUAAAGCGGAAAAUGCUCCUGACCCUUGAGUGGGGCUAUAUCAUACCGCUUGGAAAGAAUUCCCUUCGUCCGAAAAAUUUGAUCGCUUCUAUGGAGGAAUACAUAGCUGCGGCUGAAGUGCUUGUAGAACUCGACAUGGCAUUGCAGAAAGUGGGGUAUAACCUCGACCGUGAUAACUUCAAUGAGGACCUAGGAUCAUUCACUCUUAGGAGAGAUAUUGCCCGACCAGUCGAUACUCGACCAGAAAAACCAGGUUUUCAAGAUGCGCGCCCUCUGAAGUACAAGACAUUAGAGGAAGAAUACCUUGAUGAGUUCAAACGCGCCCGGCGUCAGCGGAUGAACAUGAUGGUUGAAAGAUCCGGCACUAGAAAACGCAAGAGAGGUGAUCCUGACCCCACACUCACGACUGUUCGCACUAUCCUCGAGAUGCCGAUACCCGUUGACAUCAGGCAACUGGAUGGAAACCGUAUCGAUGCCGACACGCAUCUGCAAGCGACUAACCGAAUCAAGCAAAAAUGCCUGGAAUACGUUAACAUGACUGACGAGACUCGAGCGACUCAAGGUACCCAGAAAUGGUUGGAAUUGAAGGAUUUAUAUGCCUAUUACAAGCUACAGAUGCCAGAGGAUGAAAUGGAAGAUCUUGAAGUAGAACCGACUCCUGGAGAUGAUGGCGCGGCGGGUGCUGAAACGGCGGAUGUGGACCAAGCGGAUCAGGAGAUGCCUAAUUAA